AAUGGCACACUCAUCAUCAAGUGGAUCAUCAAAUUUCUUAUAUGACUUUUUAGCAGGUGGUAUUUCUGGAGCUUUGGCAAAAACAAUAGCAGCUCCAAUCGAAAGAGUGAAAUUGUUGCUUCAAACACAACACACUAAUCCAAAAUUAAUUGCUAGACCAUAUGCAGGUAAUUAGAUAUUUAGAAAAUGAUUAGGAAUUGUGGAUUGUUUCAAGCGAGUGUUUGUUGAAGAAGGUGUUCUUUCAUUUUGGAGAGGAAAUUGGGCUAAUGUCAUCAGAUACUUUCCAACAUAAGCCAUUAAUUUUUCUGUGAAGGAUGCUCUUAAUAGAUAAUUUUUAGCUGGUGUUGAUCCAAAAAAAAGACCAGGCAGGUAUUAAAUAUAAUUAAUUAGAUUCUUUGCUGGUUCAUUGUUAAGUGGUGGUAUUGCAGGAAGUAUUGGAUUAUUAAUUGUGUAUCCACUUGAUUUCAGUAGAACAAGAUUAGCAGCUGAUAUUGGAAAGGCAGCAAAUGAAAGACAAUUCAAAGGAUUAGUGGACUGUAUGGGUUAAAUUGUCAAAACUGAUGGCAUCACUGGAAUCUAUUAAGGAUUUGGUAUUUCAGUUGUUGGUAUUUUUGUUUAUAGAGCUUUAUACUUUGGGUAAAUCUAAAUUUAUUAUCAUUUUAGUGGAUAUGAUGCUGGUAAAAGAGCUAUUUGGGGAGAUGAUGCUGCUUAAAGAAAUUCAUCUAUUUUGGCCAGAUUCUUUUUUGCUUAAUUUGUAGUAUCAACAUCUGAAACACUUUCCUAUCCACUUGAUACCGUUAGAAGAAGAUUAAUGAUGUAAGCAGGACAAAAGGGAAAUGUUGAGUAUUCAGUAAUAUGCAUUUUUUAAUUUAGGGAACUAUUGACUGUUUUUCAAAAAUCAUAUCAAAAGAAGGACCAACAGGAUUCUUUAAAGGAAAUCUCUCAAAUAUUUGGAGAUCUGUAGGUUCAUCAUUAGUGUUAGUGUUUUAUGACGAAUUCCAAAAAAUAGUAGCUAAAGGUGGAAAACAUUGAUU